AAAUACCUUUCUCGCUUCUCCCACUCACUGCAACUCCAUUAACCCUCUCUUCUUUCUCCCAGUUCCGAGCCAUGUUUUUGGCUCCAUUUCUCUCCCGCCUUUUACUCCUCUCUCUCUGCUUCAUUUCCCUCGCUUCCGGCGCUGCUCGGCUGCCGGACGACGAAGUUGAGGCCUUGAGGGAGAUCGGUAAGACAUUGGGGAAGACGGACUGGAAUUUCGACGCCGAUCCAUGCGGCGGUGUUAGCAGCGGUUGGGUUUCGGAUUCUCCGCAGUUCGACCCUAAUUUUACUAAUAAUGUCACCUGCAACUGCACGUUCCUGAACAAUACCGUCUGUCACGUCACCAACAUUAGUCUGAAGGCGCAGAGUCUUCCAGGUACUCUGCCACCGCAAAUAGUGAGGCUGCCUUUCCUGCAGGAACUUGAUCUUACCCGCAACUAUCUCAGCGGCUCAAUCCCUCCAGAAUGGGGUUCCACCAAUCUCCUCAAAAUUUCGCUUCUUGCAAAUCGGUUGACGGGUCCAAUCCCAGAAGCGAUUGGAAACAUCAGCUCUCUUGCAGAGUUGGUCCUGGAAAUGAAUCAAUUCUCUGGAAGUUUACCCACAGAACUUGGAAAUUUGACCAGCUUAUCAAGAUUACUUCUUACCUCAAACAACUUUUCUGGGGAGCUCCCAUCUUCACUGGCAAGGAUAACCUCAUUGACGGACUUUCGAAUUAGUGAUAACCACUUCACAGGGCAAAUACCUAAGUUUGUACAGAAUUGGACGGCUCUUACAAAAAUAGCUAUUCAGGCAAGCGGGUUGGAUGGGCCAAUUCCUUCUGAAAUUGGACUUUUGACAAAAUUAACUGAUGUGAGAAUCAGUGAUUUGAAUGGAGAUUCAUCACCCUUUCCACCCCUUAAUACAUUGACAAAAUUGAAAACCCUGAUUUUGAGGAGUUGCAAUAUAACUGGGGUGCUACCGGACAAUCUUGAUGGGUUGACACUGUUGAAAACCUUAGACUUCAGCUUCAACAAAAUUACUGGACCAAUACCUGACAGCUUUGAAGCUUUAAAAAAAGUGGAUAGCAUAUAUUUAACUGGAAACAUGCUAAAUGGAUCGGUGCCUGUUUGGAUGCUACAGCAAGGAGAGAGCAUUGAUCUCUCUUAUAACAAAUUUACUCCAAUCAAUAGUGAGAACACUGGUUGUCAAUCACGAAAUUUAAACCUGUUUGCGAGCUCUUCCCAGGACAACAGUUCCGGUGGAACAGUUUCAUGUAUACCGAGCACUUGUGAAAGAACUUCGUACUCUCUCCAUAUCAACUGUGGUGGGAAGGAAUUAAUUAACGGAACAACCACAUUUGUUGCAGACGCAGACACUGGCAAAUCAUCAUUGUUUUUCCAACGUGUAGAAAAUUGGGGAUUUAGUAGCACUGGUAAUUUUAUGGACGACGCUCGCUCAACAGACGACUUUAUUGCAUUAAAUAUAUCCGCUCUCUCGAUGCCAAAUCCUGAAUUGUACGUGACGGCACGUAUUUCACCGAUUUCUCUUACUUACUAUGCAUAUUGCAUGGGUAGUGGAAACUACACAGUAGGCCUCCAUUUCGCUGAGAUAGCGUUUACUAAUGACACAUCUUAUAGAAGCCUUGGCAGACGCUUAUUUGAUGUCUAUGUUCAGGGAAAGCUGAAGUUGAAGGAUUUUAAUAUUGCAGAUGCUGCAGGUGGUAUUGGCAAACCUAUUGUAAAGAACUUCACCGUUCCUGUGACUAAUGGUACUAUAGAGAUUCGCCUAUUUUGGGCCGGGAAGGGGACAACUGCAAUCCCUGUGAGAGUGGUUUAUGGUCCUUUGAUUUCUGCCAUUUCGGUUGAUCCUGACUUUGAGCCACCAUCAGAAGGUGGGAAGGACAUAUCUGCCGGUGCUGUGGUUGGAAUUGUGGCUGGAAUUGUGGCUGCUGUGAUCUUUGUUAUCAUCUUUGUUCUUGGAGUCUUGUGGUGUGGAGGCUGCCUACAAAAGAAAAGCACACUUGAACAAGAGUUGAAGGGUCUAGAUCUAGGAACAAGUUCAUUUUCAUUAAGACAAAUCAGAGCUGCCACUAACAAUUUUGAUGCUGCCAAUAAGAUUGGAGAAGGUGGUUUUGGUCCUGUCUACAAGGGUGUUCUUCAAGAUGGCACUGUAAUCGCAGUGAAGCAACUUUCUUCCAAGUCGAAGCAAGGAAAUCGCGAAUUUGUGAACGAAAUAGGCAUGAUAUCUGCAUUGCAACACCCGCAUCUAGUGAAGCUUUACGGAUGUUGUGUCGAAGGAAAUCAACUUUUGCUAAUAUACGAAUAUCUCGAAAAUAAUAGCCUUGCUCGUGCCUUAUUCGGACCUGAAGAAUUUCAACUGAAACUGGAUUGGCCAACCAGGCACAAAAUUUGUGUUGGUAUAGCUAGAGGUUUAGCAUAUCUUCAUGAGGAGUCAAGACUAAAGAUUGUUCACCGAGACAUCAAAGCUACCAAUGUUCUGCUUGAUAAAAAUCUCAACCCCAAGAUUUCGGACUUCGGUUUGGCCAAGCUGGACGAAGAAGAAAAUACGCACAUUAGCACCCGGAUUGCGGGUACCUUUGGAUAUAUGGCACCGGAAUAUGCCAUGCGAGGCUACUUAACUGACAAGGCAGAUGUUUACAGCUUUGGCAUCGUAGCCUUGGAGAUACUGAGCGGUCGAAGUAACACAAUUUUCCGAACCAAGGAUGAUUGCUUUUACCUUCUUGAUCAUGCUAAUACUUUAAAAGAGGGAGACCGUUUGUUAGAGCUUGUCGAUCCACGGUUAGGUUCGGAAUACAACCAGAGAGAGGCAAUGACGAUCAUCGAUAUUGCUUUCCGAUGUACGAACAACACUGCUGCAGUUAGACCUACCAUGUCAUCAGUGGUGAGCAUGCUGGAAGGGAAGGUUGCUGUGAAGGAGGUGGUUUCAGAUCCUAGUGUCUCGAAACAAGAAGUGAAUACGACGUGCGUUUAUUACCAGAAAGGGCAAACUACAGACGAGAGUCGGAUACAAAAUAUGUCGAUAGAUGGACCGUGGACUGGUUCGUCAACUACUGGCAGUGAUCUCUAUCCCAUGCUCCUGGAUUCUAUAUACUUGGAGGAUAGGAACUAGAGUUGAUCUUUGUCCUCUAUGGAUUUGCUUACAUGCAACUGUGUUAAGAGUUCAAAUGCUGUGAUGCAUGCUUAUCUGCAGUACGGAACCAAACAAACGACCCAUUAAUAGUUCGAGGCUAUCGCUAAUAGAUAUUGUCCGCUAUAACUCAUUAUGUA